UGUGCUUCGGCUGCGUUGGUAGGCGGGUGGCAGGUUCCUCGUGUCACAGAAGCAAAACGAGAAAAGGGGAGAAGAGGCGGUAUAUCUUAAGAAAGAUUGCAACGACGUCAGCAGAGUCAUCAUCUGAUAUAAAUGGGCUUCAUUCUCUUUACAUAGUCACAAAGCAAGGCCGGAUGCGAUGGACAACACAGGUUACAGUCACACGGAAGCAGAACCGGAGACCCCUUGCACGGGGAACGCAACCACCGACAGCAAUAGUUCCUCGACCAAUGACGAGGCGGAAAAUGCUUGCGAAACACCCAGCAGCGACUCCCCCAGCAGCGACUCCCCCAGCAGCGACUCCCCCAGAAGCGACUACACAGGGGUCAUCGCCGACUGUUCGACCAGCAGCGCGAAAGCAGAAAAGCCGUAUAUUAAACCGUACCGCAAAAACGCUAUUCAAAAGUCCACCGCGCCGAUCAUGGUCGUGCAAAACUGGGACAGCAUCAGCCUGAAUCAUCCCGUGGCACUCAUCCAUCCCACGGUAGUCUCCGACACACAUUCCAUUAAGGCGAGCGACUUCCACCAACAGAUCAGCUAUUCGGACGACAAAGUAGAGGACCAAGCGCCGACUGAACCGCAAGUGAAGCAAGAAUGGUUUAAGUACUCUGCCAGCGAGAACAUCAGCAUCAUGUACGCUAUUUUCUUAGUCAUGUUCGGGAUUGUCAUCUACACCGCCGACAUGUUCCUGGGACGAGAAUCCGUCUUGGCUGAGUCCUUUAACAAUUUUCUGAUCACUGUCCAAGUUAUCUGGCUCAUGUACAUCCACAUCGACGCGAGGAUCUAUGUCAAUCACAUAUCCAAAAAGCUAGAAGAGGCUGAUGGCGAAAGGAAACAGUCGCAGACAGGGUCCAUCGACCAGCCAGAGGAUCCAAUUCCCUUCCACUAUGGCUUCACCUCCGGAAGACAUGGCGGGUCGAUCUAUUUGAAGAUUGGAGCUACAAUAUUCUGCUUCGGGCACAUGAUCCACACUGGCUUAAACUUGGCUCAAAAAGUCCUGUAUCUGCUAGAUGACGAUCCCUACUUCCUAGAGUGUACCAACAUUCCUGAUGUCUUGAUGUCUGUUUUGCAGCCUAUCUGUGCUUUCUACCAACUCUUCUUCAUAUUCAAAUACUCAAACCUGAUCAUCAACCGUCGCUACGUCCUUGCACGAUUCGGCCUAAUGCAUUGCAUUGGCUCUUCACUCUGCUACUGGAUCUACACCAUCCUCCAGGAGACGCUACAGACCAUCUUCACGGAGCUGCACAGCAACACUAGCAGCCCUAGUACCCACAGCAGCGAUGAUUCGUCGUCAUGGAGCAUCAAGUACGGAUGUGAACGAAACAGUUACCUGUCCGAUAUGAUCAAUUACACUACGCCUUACCUCUAUCCGUUUAGCAUCGAGUUCUACAUCCUGAUGGUGGGGUUGUGGAUGUUCCUGCGGGCGAAUAUCGGCAAAGUCGAGCGCCACACGCACAUCCCGUCGGUGAAAGUGGUCUACGAAGGCGACCAUUCCAGAUCGCUAACGUCGAACCUCGUCAUCUUCGUCGACUGCCAUUCCUCGAACCGCGGCCUCUUCGCUGGCCUGUUCAUGACCGUCAUCACAGUCAUCGCGAUCAUCCUGCUGUUCAUCUUGUCUUCUUACGAGGACACCGACGAAAUCGGGAGGUAUGUGAACGGCGUCACCGAGGUGGUGCUUCUUGGCGUCAUGGUGGUGGCAGCGGCAGCGGCGUACAAGCUGAUACACAGCCUCGACGUCAUCAAGGAGACCGCGACUUCUGUGGACGACAUAUUGGUUUACGUCAGCCUGCCCUGCAUCUUCUUCUACGCGUUCCUCCGUCUGGUCCCGUCCAUCCUGUAUUCCGACGCCCUCUUUGGCACCAUGGCCAUCCUGCAGAUCCUGCAAGUCAUCGUCCAGACGGUGAUGAUCUACGACGGGAUGCGCCGCUGCUCGAACUCGUCAACGCUGAGGCACAAGAAGCCAGGGCGAGAGGUCAUCACAUUCAUGGUGGUGCUCAACGUGGCCAUGUGGCUCCUCCAGACGUUCGAGGUCAAGACCGUCGGGAGCAACUCCGCCAUGUAUUUAUUCUACGGGAAGGAAAUGUGGACGCUACUGUCUCACCUCACCCUCCCCUUCGCCCUCUUCUACCGGUUCCAUUCGUCCGGCUGCCUGGCUAACAUGUGGCUGGUCAUCUACGACGUGGAUGAAGUGCACUG